UCCAGAUCCUUUCAUAUGACCUGUCUCUGCGGCCCCUUCAGUUCUUUCUGCCCCAACAAUGACCCAGGUCAGCCCCAGCCACCUGAAAUCCUACUUUUUUGAGCUCUGAUUUCACUUCACCGUGGGAAGUUGUAAUUACUGCAUUGGGUUACUCAAACGAUCAGCACAGAGCUGCUCUGCCUGUCCUGUUCUCAGAGGUCUUAGCCCCCGACCAGUAUAUCCAGUAGCUGAGGCCAGGAAACAGUUGAUGGAGUAUCCAUGGAUGCUAAUCUGGGAGUGAAUUUAAUCUAAAAUCAAGAUCACAGACCAACCAUUGUCCUUUCAAGGACAUACACAGGAAGAGACUUAGACACAGAAGUAGAAAAUAUUCACUUUGUGAAAUAGUUUCACUGACAUAUUGUACUAUUUUUAGAGCAAUGAUAACUGAAAAUGAGGAUACAAAUAAGAAAAAUGGGAAAUUUCUGUGCCGUAGAGACAACAAAAUAAAAGCAUGGCUUUAUGAAACACAAAGUUUGCAGAACUAACAGCUGAUCUGUACUUGAACAGAUAAGAAGUGUUAUAAAUAUACCUAUAUAACACAGUAUUAAGUAUGUCAGAUGCUCUUUUUAUUGUUUUCUGUCAAUAAAAGAGCCUUUGGGGCGUCUUUGUUUAUGAGAUAAAUACAGACAGUGAGGCCUCAGGGCUGAGGCUGGGAGCCAUGCUGCAUGUAACAACAGCGCCAUCUAGUGACUGGAAUGGAAAUUAACAUUUAUUGAAUGUUUAAAAUACUGUGGCAAACGCAUAAAUCUGAUGGUAGUAAAUGCGGUAAAUGUUAAACCGAGGCUCAUCAGUCUUCUGCAGCUGAAUGAGUGACACAUAUUCAGACAGAGAAUAGGGAAGUCCACAGUGACCACUUGUCUCCGGUUGUGAUGGAGGAUAGAUGGCCUCAUAAAUAUCCAGUCAGGGGACAGCAAACAGAGUUAGAAGAUAAAACACUGUUGGAUUUACAGUGGACUGCUGUAACGAUGUGAAAACCAAACAAACGAGUCAAACACAGCAGCCAAUGACAAAGGCUGAGAGACGGCUGGGAUGGAGCCAUCUGACAGUGUACCUGCAUCACCCUGUAAAGAUGUUUGGACUGCUGUUAUCACAGUUACUGACGGCAAGAGCUGUAAAUCACACUGAAAAGCUUCGGCUGUGAAAAUCAAUCUGUGCGCUUUAUUUGAUUUUCUAUGGCGAGGCAUUAUAUUCUUUUAGAUAACAGGUCCAAAGUUCUGAGUUGAUUGUUGCAUCACCUGUGAAAGAAAAACACAAAUAGUGAGGAUUUUCAGAAACAUGUUAAUAUAAUUUAUUUUAUUAAUUUUUUUCCUUAUUGAGGGAAGGGCCUCACUGAAUUUUAAAACUCAUUUACAGGUGUGUCCUGGCUGAAGCAGUAGCACUGCAGAGCAUAAAACGUAGAUAUUUAAAGGCAUAUAACACUGAUUUACAAUGAAUUAGGUAAAAUAUAAGAGAAUCAACAAGAUUCACAAAAAAGCAUAUCAGAAAGAGAGAAUAAGAGCAACAAAUACACCUUAACAAGUAAAACAAAGUGCAGUAGAUUAAAAUUCUUCAAAAUAAAAGCCUCAUAGAUUUUAGAAAAGAUUUGGUAACCCCUAAACUGAUGUAAUGACAACUUAAUCGCUCAGGGGUGGAGAAAAAAACACUCAGCACAUUACAUUAAGAGGUAGUUUCCAUGCACUCAGUAACUAUAACUGUAGGUGUAUAUCUCUGUAGACAUCAGGUUCCCAGGUUAUAAAUUUAAAAUGUGAAUUUAUGGCUGCGCAGCAGAAAGGUUUAAAUUGAAACCCAGAGGAAAGACUUUUCUUCCCAGGACAGGAGGGUUCAACACAGCACCUGCUCAUACACCUGCCUUCACAGGAAUUUCCAACACAGAGUAAAGAUGACAGUGUCUUACUCACUGGAAGUGGCCGAUGCAAGGUUUGGUGGCUUCUCCAAGCUCCUGUUCAGGUGGAAGGGGAGCAUCUACAGGCUGCUUUAUAAGGACUUUCUGGUGUUUUGUGGGGUUUAUCUGUUUUUCAGUGUGUUUUACAGGUUCCUCCUGACGCCAAGACAGCAGGAUCUGUUUGAGCGUAUCGCCCUUUACUGUGAUCAGUUCACCAACACCAACUUUAUUCCAGUUUUAUUUGUACUUGGUUUCUAUGUGACCCUGGCCUUCAAUCGUUGGUGGGGUCAGUACACCAGCUUCCCACUGCCUGACAACCUGAUGAUGGUGGUUUCUGGAAACGUCCAUGGGACAGACGAGAGGGGUCGUCUGCUGCGACGGACACUUAUGAGAUACGCCAACUUGUCUUCAGUUCUUAUCCUCCGCUCCAUAAGCACAAGAGUUCACAAGCGUUUUCCCACUUUGGAGCACAUUGUGGAGGCUGGAUUUAUGACCACACAUGAGCUGAAGAAGUUUGAGUCUCUGCACUCUGACUUCAACAAGUACUGGAUGCCCCUGACGUGGUUCUCCAACCUGGCAGCCAGAGCGAGAGAGGAGGGUCGAGUGAGGGACGACAUAGCUUUAAGACUCCUGAUGGAUGAGCUUAAUAACUACAGAGCCAAGUGCAGUCUCCUAUUCCACUAUGACUGGAUAAGCAUCCCUCUGGUCUACACUCAGGUGGUAACCAUCGCAGUUUAUUCAUUUUUUGCCUUCUGCGUGAUCGGCCGACAAUUCCUGAACCCUGAGAAGGGAUAUAAGGGUCACCAAAUGGACAUGUACGUCCCAGUUUUCACCUUGCUGCAGUUCUUCUUUUACAGCGGCUGGCUUAAGGUGGGGGAGUUGAUCAUCAAUCCAUUUGGCGAGGAUGAUGAUGACUUUGAAACCAACCAGCUGAUUGACCGAAACAUUCAGGUGUCAAUGCUCGCUGUGGAUGAUAUGUAUCAGAACCUGGCUCCGAUUGUGAAGGACAAGCACUGGACACAGAGACAUUUCUCCGUCCCUUAUACUCUGUCAACUGCAGCAGAGACUCUCAGACCAGCUUUCAAAGGCUCCACCUUUGACAUGAGGAUGAGUGCAGAGGAUCUUGAGAUUCACCAGCCUGCAGACACACCUGUGAAGAAACAGUAUUUAGCUCUGAAAGGCUCUUUGGGUGAUAGUCUGGACGGUCUUCUGCAGAGGGGUAAAGGCAUCCUGCGUGGUGGGAGCCUUCCUUCUCUGUUAGAUGUCACAUCGCACCCAAAUGAGGAAGAACAUGUUGAUGUUUCCCCUCAGGCUGACACCAGUGCCACCAACCUCAAAGAACAAGAAAAGACAUUGAUUCAAAUUACAGUGGAACAAUGCUAG